AAUAAAACGAAAUAGCACAACCACUAUAAAGGGUGCGAAAGCUCGGGGAAGAUGGGAAAGGCCGCUGUCCUUAACCGGCCCGUGACUAGCUGCUCCGUCGCCGCAGCCGCCGCGAUUCUCUUCUCUGGAGCUCUUCUUCUCUCUUCUUUCGUCCUCCACGGCGAUCGCUCACUCUUCUGCUCCCUCCCCUCCCUACAACGCUCUCCUUCCUUAGCCGACGAGCUCCACUCUGCCCUCCUCCACUACGCCACCUCCUCAAUCGUCCCCCAACAAUCACGAUCGGAGAUUUCAAUCUCCUUCAACAUCCUUCGCCGCCGUUCCCCCUGCAACUUCCUCGUCUUUGGCCUUGGUCACGAUUCCCCUAUGUGGUCCGCCUUCAACGCCGGCGGCACAACCGUCUUCCUCGAAGAAGAUCCCAAAUGGUUUCAAUCCGUGCUCCGCGAAUCCCCGACCCUCCGUGCCUAUAACAUCCGUUACCCGACCAAACUAUCGGAGGCCAACGAUCUGAUCCGCACCUACCGAUCCGAGCCGGAGUGUCUCCCUCCGCGCGCGCAUCUAAAGGGGAAUAAACGAUGCCGCCUGGCGCUAGCCGAUCUGCCCGACGAGAUCUAUAAAACCGAAUGGGAUCUGAUUAUGAUUGAUGCGCCAAAAGGUUACUUCGCGGAGGCACCGGGGAGAAUGGGGGCGAUCUAUUCCGUCGCGUUAAUGGCGAGAGCGAGGCGGGGAGAGGGGGUCACCGAUGUAUUCCUUCACGAUGUUGAACGGAAUGUGGAGAAAACCUACGCGAUGGAGUUUCUAUGCAAGAAGUACCUUGUCGAAGGUACCGGCCGUUUAUGGCACUUUCAGAUCCCGCCGACUAGGGGUAACGAGACCUCGAGCGGGGAGGGUAAGUUUUGCUGAAGCUUGCCCGAUUGCUUUGAAAUCUUAUCUUGAAGAGGAUCUUGGAGGAUAUCGUUAGCAAUUUUCAUUCAUUUUCUCCCUUUGUCAAAUUUAAAACUGCCAUAGUCAGAGUAAUUACUUCGUAUUUAUGCCUUGACGUGUACUAUUAGUGUAACUUAACUUGAGAAAAAUACCGAAGCAUAUUUUAUUUUCAUCGAU